UCGCGCUCCCUGUGUUGGUACCGAGCGGAGAGGAUGCACACGGCACUCGAGUGAGGUGCAGUAUAUCCGCCAUGAAGGUACAUCUACAUACAAAAUUUUGUUUCAUUUGCUUGCUCACUUUUCUGUUUCACCAUUGCAACCACUGUCAUGAUGACCAUGACCAUGAACAUAAUCAUGAUCAUAACCAUGCUCCUGAGGAGAACCAUAUACAUAAGCACAAUUAUUACCAGAUCUCUGAGGAGUCGUAUCUUCAAAAUAAUCCCAGCAAGAGCUCUCUACAUCAUGCAGAAAAUAAGCAAAUGUACUACAUUCAAAAACUGUUCAGUCGUUACGGUGAGAAUGGGAAGUUGACCUUUCACGGUUUAGAGAAACUCUUAUCAAAUUUAGGUCUUGGAGAAGUUAAAGUUGUAGAGAUCGAACAUGAGCACGAUGAUCAUGAUCAUGUUUCACACCUAGACUUUUUAGAGCUACUCAAACAUAAGCAUGUACACUCCCAUUCACACACUAAUCACACAGCACAUGAGCAAACUGUACCAGUUCCAAAGGUGAAAGUCAGGCAUUGCAAAAACGCUGACAGCCAGAAUACACAUACCACUUUGACCACACCCAUUGCUUACCAUCAACCUCGGCGGCAUCACCACAACCAUCAUCGAGGUGCUGCCCAUUCUGCAGGCUCACCAAUUCAUAAAGAGGGAGACCAACUCCCUGACCCAUCAGAUGUUAAUACAUUACAGCAGCAACCCAAAAAAAGCUCAAAAAAACGCAAAAAAUACAGAGGUAUAACAAAACAACCAGAAGUGACAUUAACUACAUCUCCUGAGGAAUCCUUCAAUAUUAUACCCAAGAAUGAACAUGAUGGAGAUGAGCAUCUUCAUGCUCCUGAGGACGAAGCAGCUUCUCAGCACAGAACAAGGAAAGAUUUAAGUUCUUCAAAAUUGAAUCAUGAAGAUCGCCUAGAAUCUGAGUUUGUGAAUGAUGAGUGCUUGAAUGUGUCACAGCUGCUGCAGCACUACGGUCUUAGCACAAAUUCUGGGAUUUCUACAGUGGAGUUCACUUACCUAUGCCCUGCCUUGCUGUACCAAAUUGAUAGCAGGGUUUGCAUCCAGUAUCAUAAGUUGAGUAUGGAGCCAGUGGACAACCAAGAAUCUGUAUUACCAGUUGUUUCUUACACAGUUUGGAUUUGGGGACUGCUCUCAAUUACCAUUAUAAGCUUGUUGUCAGUUCUGGGUGUCGUCCUUGUACCUAUCAUCAAUCAAGUGUGCUUCAAGUAUCUUCUAACAUUCCUAGUGGCUCUGGCAGUGGGGACACUCAGUGGUGAUGCAUUACUGCAUCUUAUGCCACAUUCACAAGGUAACCAUGAUCAUAGUCAUCAUGACCAUAACCACGAUCAUCACCAUGAUCAUGACCAUAAUCAUACUCAUGGAAAUCAUGAAAUCUCUGAAGAUCUCCUUACAGUCUAUAACGGAUUGUGGAAAGGACUUACAGCUCUGGGUGGUAUCUACCUUCUUUUCAUCAUUGAGCACUGUAUUGGCAUAUUCCGAGACCACAGAGCCAGAACGGGCAAGAAGAAGUGGCUCAAGCAGAAAGUUCUGAGCGGAGAGGCAGCAGUGGGACGAAAAUUAUCAGACCACCAAUUGAACCGUAGAUCAGAGGGUGAAUGGCUUGACCUUAAGACCAUGUCUGGAACAGACCAACAGGAUGGUUUUGGUGAACAACAUGACAUAACCCAGGUUACUGACCUUGAUGGCACCCUAGGAUCCCCAUCAAAGAUAUCUGUUGCCCCUGAUUUAAAGUCUGUUUACAUUCAUGACUCACAUAGUGAAAUUGAUUAUUGUGCUGAAAACUAUGAAGUUAAAACCAUACCUAAAAAGCAUCAUUCAAACCAUUCGCAUCAUUCUCAUGGUCACUGCCAUUCUAAUAAAGAGAUGCAAGAUGCUGGAAUAGCGAAUAUUGCUUGGAUGGUUAUCAUGGGAGAUGGCAUGCAUAACUUCAGUGAUGGCCUGGCGAUAGGAGCUUCUUUCAGUGCUUCCCUCACAGGGGGGCUGAGCACUUCCAUUGCUGUGUUUUGCCAUGAACUUCCUCAUGAGCUAGGCGAUUUUGCUGUCCUGAUUAAUGCCGGAAUGUCUGUGAAACAAGCCAUUGUUUACAACCUCUUGUCAGCUCUGCUUGCAUAUGUUGGUGUAGUAAUAGGUAUAGCCGUGGGACAGUAUACUUAUAAUUUAACCCAAUGGAUCUUUGCUAUCACUGCGGGCAUGUUCCUAUAUGUGGCAUUGGUGGAUAUGUUACCAGAGAUGCUACACCGUCCAACAGAUAACCAUGCUCAGGCUAGGUUUGGACACUUUGCGCUGCAGAAUGCUGGGAUGCUCUGUGGGUUUGCCAUCAUGCUGCUAAUUGCCAUUUUUGAGGAUCAAAUUGUAAUCCAUUUCUAACAGUUUUGAUAGUGUAUGGUUUUGUUGCCUUAUAUGUAACAAUUCAGUGGCACAUAGGCUUUGCAAGACAAAUUGUGACAUAUUUGUUAGUACAGUAAAUGACUUUUCACAGCAACUGCUGAUUUGUUGGUUGGUUUGAUGCACGGUUACUUCCGUGGUUCAGUAGGGAAACUUAAAUAAUCAACUUUUUAAAAUGUCCAUGGAGAAGGUAAAAUCAAUGUUUGAAUAAAUAUUUAGCACAGUUAGAUCAGGGUAAGUGAUGUAUUUGUAACAGCUGUUUAGAAUACUUCCUUUCGCAUGCAUUGUGGUAGGUGUUUGUUUAUGGAUGGCAGUCACCAACUGUAAUGCCACCAGGAUUCAUGGUGCUGAUUUUAUGAGCUCAUAUCUUCAGUGUCACAAAUAGACAAAUUAGCAGAUUCCAAUUUAGCUUUUAAAAUGGUGUGUGUUAUAACUUGAUUGUAGACAUUGUCCAUUAAAUUCAUUUAUUAUUCACUUUUAUCAUUCCUCCUUCCAUUGUAAUACCUCAGAACCAUGUUUGCUGUUCUAAGUGAUCAGCUAGAUUGCUUGCUUGUAUGUAUUAGUUUGGAGUUAAUUUUUGUAAGCCCCUAUUAGCCUGUCACUGUGUGACAUUUCCCUUUCUGUCACUGUAUAAAUCAAUGUAAUAGAUCAUAUGUGAUCAAGUGCAACUGGCCAAAAUAUGAUAAAUGUAAGUUAGUGGAGCCGUGAUUCUUGUGGGUGUUGAUCAAUGUGAUAGUUCAUUGUUAAAGCCAAAGAUUAUGGAACCUAACCAGUUAAUUUUGAAAUUUAUAUGAAAAGUUUCAGUGUUAAGGUACCAUAGACUUUGAGUUUGUCACAAGUGAAAUUAAAAAGCAUUUUGUUUAUCACUUAAAAACAAGUUUUGAUUGUUACAAGCCUGUAUUAUACUAAUGUAUGAAUGAAACUGGCUCUUUCAAGUUUUACUUAAUAAAGUCCUGACAAUGCAAAA